AUGAAAUUGUUUAUUCUCUUUUUUAUUCUUGUUAUCUGUUUAGGUUCUCAAGAAAAACAACAAGAUAGAGAAAUUCCAGUCGUUUGUCCUGUUUGUACAUCACUUGUUGGAAAAUUGAUUGAUUUCGUUAUUGGUGGAGCAGUUGAUAAAGCAACAGACUAUCUUGAAACACUCUGUGCUAAAGCAGAUGGUGUUAUUGAAACAGUAUGUUCAAAGAUUGUUUCAUAUGGAAUUGAUAAAUUAAUUGAAAAGAUCAUAGAGGGAGGAAGUGCUAAACUUAUUUGUGGGUUGAUUCAUGCAUGUUAA